AUGUUAACCUUCACUUCAAAAGCGAAUUUCGAGUACGCCAUCCGCGCAUGGAAAUGGGUAAACGAGGAUGAGACCCAUAAAUUCAUCAUGAUCGCGGAUGAUCCAAGCUGUGGUCGUCUUGGUGAGCGAGUCCCCUACUUGAUUCACAAUGCGGACUACGAUGAGAAUAAUUUCAUUGCCUAUCUUUAUGGCGAAGAGAAAAAAUGGGAAGAAGUAGCUCAUACUUUUGACCUCGAGUAUGGCAGCGCCGAAUUGCCCGACUCCUCUCAAUCGCUUCACAAACGCCUGGGGAUUUUCGAAGAAGAUCCAAUCAGAUCUAUGAGACUAGACUGCUUUGACUGUGGCACAUCUGGUCGCUUUCGAGCCCAGAUGAAAAUCGAAGUCAAGUGGCUGAAGCCACAGGAGGUUCCCCUGACUAUUUCGCCGGACAAGAUUCUCCUUGAGUCAGUCGAAAAAGCUAUAACUAUUCCUAUCUGGGGCACCAGUAUUAAAGGAAUAGUAAAGGCUCCACAUGCGCAAAGAGGAAUAAACAAGGCAUCAGUAUCGACACUUAUUAUUAUUAAUGCUGGUGGAGCUCUUACAAUCCGUGCCGGGACAAGUGGGGAUACUGUGAUUACUGCAGAUUUGAACGACGUACCUCUUGUUAAUUUCAAGACGGGGAUAGACAUGGACGAGGCCCAGGAGUUGGAGGGAGGAGGCAUUCCACGUCUGCCAACGCCAGAGCUAGGGGAUAAACCGAAGCCGAAGCAAAGCCAAAGCCAAAACCAAAACCCAAGCCGAAGCCCACGAAAAGUGGCCGCGGAUGGUGCCCGAUAUAGAUCGUGUCCCAAUACUACCAAAAAGUGCAUUGCGCACGGCCAGUACCCAAUUGGAACAAAGGUAUACAUAAGCUGCAAAGGCAAGGGAAAAAGUAUCCAUGGCUAUGACUGGUGGGACAAAACAAAGCAGAAAAAUCAUGCAGAGAUAAACUCCCUACUUGUUGAAUGGAGUCAUAUCUUAUAG